AUGCCUGACAAUUCCGAAUCAGUUCCUUCUACUCACAGCUUCCUCGCGCUAGUAUUCGUCUCGACCCUCUUCGCAGGCUACAUCAUCCUCCCAGCAGCCUUCCCGCAACCCAGGACAAAAUACGACUACACAGGAUGCAUAGAAUAUCCGGAAUAUUGGGAUUGCCCAGGAGAUUAUGUUGAUACAGAACCCGAAAUCAUACAACUUCCUCUUUUACUCUAUCUCUCUGCCUUGGCCUGCAGCACAGGCGUAUUAGGUUGUUUGUGUCUAUGGUGGAAAUACCAGAGGAACUACAAAUGGCUGAUGAAGAGGAUCUUGAUGCCAGCUUUGUGUAAUAGUUGUGCGGGACUUUGGUCAGCACUUGUGAUCGCAAACGACGCGGAGAAGAGAGGAUAUAGCAGAACUAUGAGGGUGGCUAUGGUUGCUCCAUCGGCUGGGUCAGUGGUGGCCGCGGGAUUAGGUUUGGGGUAUUAUGCUGUGAUGUCGUGGCUUUCUAAGCGAGGGCAGGACGUGAAGCCUGCGGCUUUAGAAAGAGGCAAGAAAAAUAGGCAGGAUGAGGAUAGCUAG